AUGGAGGCCCUUUUACUGAAGCAAGAUGAUAUUUACGAGAGAUUAUUUAAAGCAUAUUCUACGUACAGAAAAUCACCCAAGGAGCGCAUAUCCGUAUCAUAUAUUGAGUCCAAAAUGGAAAAUUUAGAAAAACUGUUUAGUAACUUUGACAAUAUUCAUUUUCAAAUUGUAUCAAAUGUUAACAAAGAGAAGAGAGAACAGUUAGAAUAUUUUAACAAAGAUAUGUAUGGAAGAUUUGAGGAAACAUAUACAGAUUAUAAGACGAGAAUGAAGGACGAUUUAAGGAAAUUCAAUACGUCAGGUCCUGGAAAAUCGUGUUCAGAGAAAAUGGAGGUGAAGUGUGAAGCGAAGUUGCCGCAGAUUCAGUUACCGAAAUUUUCUGGAUCCUACGAAGAAUGGCAGGCAUUUUAUGAUAUGUUUCAAUCUUUGAUUCAUCAGAAUAGUAACUUAAGUGCGGUGCAGAAGCUACAUUAUCUAAAGAGUAGUUUGUCUGGGGAACCUGAAAAUUUGUUAAAGAACUUGUCAACUACAGAUAUCAAUUAUGAAGAAGCGUGGAAACAGUUGACACGGCGAUAUAAUAAUAAGCGAUUUAAUUGUAAUGAAAUUCUUAAGCGCUUGUUUUCUCAGAGAAAUUUGUCAAUUGAGUCUGCAUCCUCGAUCAAACAGUUACUUGAUACGACUUCAGCCUGCUUGAAAUCACUUCAGAAUAUGAGUAUAAAUAUUGAUUCUUGGGAUCCAAUGAUAAACCAUUUGGUGGUUUCGAAACUUGAUAUAGAGUCACGCAAGCUUUGGGAGUUACAGAUUAGUCAAACUGAGUCAGAAGAUUUGCCAAAUUGGAGUCAGCUUGUUAAGUUUUUGGAGAUGCGUUUCCGUACCCUUGAGAUGAUUGAUACUGGUGGUAAACAAAAACCUGCUUUCAACAGUCCUACGAACAAAGUCGCACCUAAGCAAAAGUCAUUUCAUGCAACAGUCCAAGAAGAGAAAAAGAAGAUUGCAUGUGUAAUGUGUCCGAACCAUCACUUGCUUUAUGUAUGCCCACAAUUUUUGAGCCAGUCUCCUCAAGAGAGAUCAGAGUUUGUACAAUCCAAGAGACUGUGUUUCAAUUGUUUUUCAUCGAAUCAUUCUGUAAAGAAUUGUCGUCAGCCUACGAGUUGUCGCCGAUGUGGGCGCAGACAUCACACCCUGCUGCAUUUUGACCGGAGUCAAUUACCAGAGUCAUCCCCGGCUACCACAAGUGCUGAGAAUCCCGUGCCGGCGGAACCAAGUGCAUCAGGCAUUCAAACGGAGACAAGAGUUACAUCCCACUUUGUGCAAGGAAGAGAUAGUGAAGUUUUAUUAGCUACCGCUAGAGUUAAGGCUGUAACAUGUAACGGGUUGUCUAAGGUUUUGCGUGCUCUGAUCGACCAAGGGUCAGAAGCUUCAUUUGUAACUGAGGCUACUGUCCAAUCUUUAGGCCUUAAGAAAAAACCUGUGAAUGGUCUUAUAUCUGGUGUAGGAGAGGGAGAAACACGAACAAAAGGUAUGGUUUCUUUAGAGCUAGAGUCCCUUCAUAAUCCCGAGUUUUCUAUUAAAGUAGAUGCCUUUGUUUUGAGUAGUCUUACGUCUUUCCUUCCUACAAAUAAGACUUAUAUUAAAGAUUGGCCUGAGUUUGAGUCGUUGUCCCUUGCCGAUCCUUAUUAUGGGUCACCUGAGAAAAUUGAUCUUCUUUUAGGAGUCGAAGUCCAUAGCGAGAUUAUUGUGAAUGGCUUGUUAAAACAUCCACAUAAACGAGGUCCUAUUGCUCAAAAUACGCAAUUUGGAUGGGUUUUGACAGGUCGUGUCAGUAGUGGUAUUUCUUCAUCUAAGCGAUUGAUUUCUCUUCAUAUUAGAGUUAAAGAGGAUGAACUUUUACAAAAGUUUUGGGAAAUAGAGAGAGAGCCCGAUUCUUUAGUUAAGAAAAUGAGUAGAGAAGAAAUUAAAUGCGAAGAGAUUUAUGAAAGUAGUACAGAGAGAAAUGAGAAUGGCCGUUAUAAAGUACGUCUUCCAUUCAGAGAUCCAGAUCCAGAUUGCUUUUACGGUCAGUCAAAGAACAUAGCACUUCGUAGAUUAAAUUUUUUGGAGAAGAAGUUAAGUAGAAAUCCUUCUUUAUAUGAGGAGUAUAGAAACGUUUUGCAGGAUUACAUUGAUCAAAAUCAUAUGGAAGAGAUCACAGAUGUGGAAGAAAUAAAUAAUGAACGAGUUGUUUAUCUUCCCCAUCACGCCGUUGUUAGACUAGACAAGGAAACAAGCAAAGUAAGAGUAGUUUUUGACGCGUCGUGUAAAGGGACUAAUAAUGUCUCUCUAAACGACUGCCUGUUAGUGGGUCCAAAACUUCAACAGGAUUUACGACAUAUUCUCAUGAGGUGGAGACGUCAUCCGUUCUGUCUAGUUGCUGACCUUGUGCAAAUGUACAGACAGAUCCUUGUGCAUGAGAAGGACACCGAUUGUCAGAGGAUCUUAUGGAGAUCUGAACCAAACCAGCCUUUAAAACAUUAUAGAAUGUUGAGACUUACUUUUGGGACGGCGUGUGCUCCAUAUUUGGCAGUGAAGUCAUUGCACCAGUUAGCCAAAGAUGAGUAUGAUAGAAACCCUUUAGCAGCAUCUAUUACUUUAACAGAUUUUUAUAUGGAUGAUCUUUUAAGUGGAUCAGAAACUGAGAGUGACAUUAUAAAAAUUUAUGAACAAAUGAAUAAGUUAAUGGGUGCUGGAGGAUUUUGUCUGAGAAAAUGGUGCAGUAACAGUGAGAGGUUGUUGAAUCACAUCAGUGAACACAGAGGAUCUGAACAACAUUUGAUAUUAAAGUCAGAUAGUGCUGUCAAAAUUCUAGGUAUUUGUUGGAAUAAGAAUACAGAUAAUUUUGAGUACACUUAUUUGUUGCCAGAUGAUGGAGAAUCUCAAGAGAAUGUCACCAAAAGAAAGGUUUUAUCAGAAAUUGCAAGGCUAUAUGAUCCGUUAGGGUGGAUCUCACCUGUGAUAGUCAAGGCUAAGAUUUUUAUCCAGAAACUCUGGAAAUGUAGAUUAGAGUGGGAUCAAGUUUUGACGUCGGAACUAUUGCUAGAGUGGAAUUCGUACAGAAAAGAUUUGCUGAAUGUGAAGGAUAUCGUAAUUCCUCGAUGGCUAAAUACAAGAAGAGAGGAUCAUGUUGAAUUACAUGUUUUUGUUGAUGCAUCGCAAGCUGCUUAUGCUGCUGUGGUAUUCUUGAGAACCAAGGAUAAGUCCAAUAAUAUUCAUGUGAAUAUUGUAACUGCAAAAACUAAGGUUGCACCUGUAGAAAAGGAGAUAUCUAUUCCACGAAUGGAGUUAUGUGCCGCAGUUCUUGGUGCUAAAUUAGUUUAUGAAGUCUCCCAGAUAUUGCAAAUUCCUAAAGAGCAAAUCUUCGCGUGGUCUGAUUCAAUGGUUGUACUAGCCUGGUUAAGAGGAGAUCCGAGCCGUUGGACGACAUUUGUGAGCAACCGUGUAUCAGAAAUUUUAACUAUCUUGGAUUUCUCUCAGUGGAAUCACGUGAGAACUGAUUUUAAUCCUGCAGAUUGUGGGUCGAGAGGCAUGCCAUGUUCAGAGGCUUCAAAGGUGGAAGCUUACUCAAAAAAUGGUAACGGACUUUUGGAAGCGAUGGUCUAA